AGAUUUUUAAUCAAAAUUUGACGACAAAACAAAAGUCAAAAGCCAUGCUGAACAGAUUCUUACAUACUUUUUUUUUUUUUUUAAAUAAGUUUGAAACUUCUCCAAUGGCUGCCGCCUGUAUAUAGAUUCCAAAGGAGGUCUGAGCUCUGAGUUCUCAAAGUAUUUUUUUACACAGACAACUUUUUUUGUUUUCCCAAGAUUCCAGCUCAAAAAACACCACCAUACCAUAUUCCCUUCCCUUUAUUCAUUUGACAACCAUCUCGUCUCCUCCCUUGCCUUCCUUUUUCCCUCACUGUGAAGCAAACUCUCAAACACUUCACAUUGCAUUAUUUUUCACUCAGAGGACUCAAAAUGCCAGUCUCUCCAGAUCCAGCCCUUUGACAAAACCCAAAAGAAAAACCCAUUUCUGUAGACUCGUUAAAACAUUGAAAGUUUAACAAGAAAAAAAAUGGGUGGUUUGAGAGAGUCGUGGUGUUUUUGCAAAGGAGUAAGCAAGACAGAAAAAAUGAAGGGUACCAUUUUCUCAAGUAAAGCUCAGGCGAUGGCCAGAAUUAUCGGCGCCGCCGUCAAUGGAAUCUCAGGCACCGGAUUCCUCAUCCACCGGAAUCUUCUAUUAACUACUCACGUUAACCUCCCUUCUGUAGCUGCUGCUGAGAGCUCCGAGAUCCGGCUCCAAAACGGCGUGGCUGCCACUCUCGUUCCUCACAGGUUUUUCAUUACCAGCUCUGUUUUAGAUCUAACAAUAGUGGGCCUAGAUGCCAUGGAUGGCGAAUCAAAUACCCAGGGGCAGCAACCUCAUUACUUGAAGACCUGUUUUAAACCAAAUCUAGAUCUAGGAAGUGUUGUUUACAUUCUAGGCUACACAGAGAAACAAGAAUUGACAGUAGGUGAAGGAAAGGUGGUUAUUGCCACUGACAAUCUCAUAAAACUUUCAACUGAUGGAAUAAUAUGGAACCCUGGCUCAGCUGGAUUUGAUGCACAGGGGAAUCUUGCAUUUAUGAUCUGCGAUCCUAUGAAGCUAGCUACAUCUCCUAAUACCAAGUCGUCCUCAACUUCUUCAUCCUCAUCAUCAUGGAAGAAAGAUACUCCUAUGCAAUUUGGUAUUCCUAUUCCCAUCAUUUGUGAUUGGUUAAACCAGCAUUGGGAAGGUAGUCUUGAUGAAGUGACCAAACCCAAGCUACCAAUUAUUAGAUUGAUGUCCUCUGGCCAGAAGAGUGAGCAUUCUUCUGCAUCCUUCACAAUGCGCCAGGUUUUCAAGUCAACGGAACUUUAUAACGACAGGACUCCAUCUUCAUCAAAUAUAAUCUCGAAAACAAGGGAUCAACCAGGACCAAGCUCUUCUGCUGCGGUGAACACUGUUGAAAAAGAAACGCCACUUUCUGAUCCAUAUGUUGCACAUGUGCAAGGAAUCCCAACUCCAGAAAUAUAUGAAUCACCAAAGUUGACUGCAGUCCCUCUUAGGAAGAAAGAGACUAGCCAAAUCCAGCUUUUGGAUAUAAAUUUUCCUUCCAGGAUUGCUAAAACUGAAGUUUUGCAUCCAGCCAAACAGCUACAUCUGAACUCAGAUGACAAUGGUCUAAAGGAGCUUCCUCCAGAAAUCCCAUGGACAGAAGAUCAGAUCAAGAAUAGAGUACAGACAAGUGCCAGUGCCGAUGCUGAUGUUGCCUCAACGGAAUCUGUAAAUGGUGCCCAGAGUGAGUUCCAGUCUAGUUCAUCUCCUAUAGAACUUUCAGAGCUGCAUAAUGGGUAUAGCAGUGAGGAGGAGACCAUGUACUCUGCUGAAACUGCUGAGAGCCGAAACUACACAAGUCCUAGAGAGGGAAAGUUUCAACAAGUGGCGAGGAGCCAGAGUUGUGUGGGUUACACUAGAUGGGGAGCUGUUCAAAGAAAUCCUGUGGCUCGCAGGGCUUUGCUAGAAAAGCAGAGGAGUUUUAUCCAUGGAAAGAAGACUUACUCACAAGGGGCAACGUCUCAAAGGAGUAACGACUACUUUAGCCCUACAGUAUCCUCAAUCAUGAAGAAGCGUAACAACUCAGAGCAGCCACCAAGCCAACCACGCCAAAGCACCGAUCAUUUAUCCCCAAGAUGGAUGUUUUAAUGAUUAGUGAUGAGCAUGAUACCAAAUGAGGACAACAAGCCAACAAUAAAUAUAUAGCUGUUUACACUUUCUCUAUUAAAUGCCUUUAUUAUUUGCAUUUACUGCAACUAAUUUGUUGAGACACUGUGCAGACUGAUUCAAGGUGAAUAAGAAAGGAUUUGGCCAUGAUAUUGUAGUUCUGACCAGUGAUCCAAGUAGCCACAUUGUUAAUACAAUUGCAUUUUGAGACGCGAUUGCCAGCAAGUAGCUUUGAGAACAACUUUAUAAGUAUAGAAAUCUACUUCAAUUUUGCAAAUGGAAAUUUACGAGACUGCAUUAUCACUGCUGUUACUGCCUCAAAUGUAUGAGACUGUAACUAUUGUCCAUUACAGGCUUCUAAUUGCUGAUAGUUCCCCAUUUCUGAUAGAUUGUUGGAGAAGGGUUUUUUUUUUUUUUUGGUUCUUUGGUACAAACUUGGCAAAUUCUUUACCUGAGGAAUGCUCCUUCGUGCUCAAGAUGACGCUUUAGUGUCUCUGUCAUUGGGGCCACUUUUCAUUGUUCUAUUUUACUCUCAUUGGACGACCCUAACUUGCAAUAAUAGCUGUUUGACAAAAUUUCUCAAAGAAUACUUAGCUUUAUUCAUAACCACGGAAAGCCUUGCAAGAAAGAAGAGAGUUAGAUGGUCGCACACUUAAAAUAACAAGGACGCCAAAAUGGCAGUGUCAUCCAUUACCAUUAGCACAACGCCAAGUGCCACGGAAGGAAAGCACUAAAAGCAAGUUCUUUAAAACCCUAUUGACAAAAGAAAAGCAAAGAGAAGUCGAUUGAAUAUUGUUUGACUUCUCCCCACUUACCUAAUUUCUGUCAAAAUUUAGCAGUCGAAAGAAAUUUAGUGAAUCCAUGGAUGUCGUAACAGAUUUCAUUUUUUUCUUGCUGCCUUGCCCGAAUUCCACACUCUCUUGCUUAAAAUGAUGCAUUUGUUCUUUCGUGCACAUAUUGUUUGAUAAAA